AUGUUUGGCUCGAACGCGCUGCCUCUUCCCCCGCCAUUCGCUCACGAACAUCGUCCUCUCCGCUUGCCCAGUGAAGGCGCCCGACCCCUUCCCGCCGGAGAAUGUCGCUAUCUCCUUUUACACCCUGCGGCACAGAAUCAACGAUGCUCGUGCCAGUCCUUCCAUCUCAACCGAGCUGCGCCAGGCACAAUUUGCGAAUGCGGUCACCAAGCUUGCUACCAUGUCCAUAAUGAAACGCAUGAAAAACAGCCGCCUUCUGAUACGGUCAAUGCCCUUGUUGAUAAAAUAAAUAUCCUUGUUGAAAAAGUCAGGCGUAUGGAAGAGGCCAUCCAGAAUGAACGCAGCGAUCGAGAGAAUGCUUUACAAAGAGAGAGGUCGAUGUGGGAGAGAGAAGUGCGCAUACUGCGCGAGGCCCUGGCGCCGUUCUACCAAAGCGAGAAGGAAAUGCGUCGACGGAUCGUUGACAUUGAAGAUAAGGUCGAGGGCAACUAUGACGAGCAACUUCGUCUGAGAGAACGUGUGGUCGCGGUCGACGAUGCAACCAUGUCGAUGGAGAAGAGAAUGGAUGAACUUGAGGAUAGUCGGUCCAAGAGGCGACGGGUGGUUCGUAAUCAUGUUCACGAGCAAAACUUCCAACCCGACUACAUGUCAUCAGCCGAUGAUAAUUUCAGGCGCAUUUCUUCCAGCAACGACGGAGCGUCAGUCCGCACGCCGUCUUCGCGGGCGCUGUCACCCAACGGUGUUGCACCGCCUCCUGCUAUCGUGCCCGAAGGACCUCGGUCCAGCGGCAUUCUCAACCUGGUUGCCGAAGUGCCACGGCCUGCAACUUUUGUCAAUCUGCCACAACGUCUGUCACCACCCCAAGAGGAGGUCAGAUCCAGUGGCUUUCUGACACUGGACCUAGGCGAAAGGCUGAAGGAGAGGGCUUCUGAGCAGGCAACUCAGGUUGCCAUUCAUCAGGCUGCUCGCAUUACUCCCCCCCAAGACCGCCCGAGUCCAACUGUGUCCGUACACUCCAGCGUGGACGGUGCCCCAAAGGCUAGUCGCAGUCCUCCCGAACCCGCCAACGCCAGACUGCCAAUCAUCGAUAUCAUGAUCUUGCCCCAGAACAAGUCUCCCCGGAAACGAAAGCACCACCUUGACCACAUUGCCCUAGAUGUCCUCGCGGACGUGACCGUCGCCAGUCCACUCAUCCACUGA